AGUCAAAGCGUUUUAAUGUUUUUCUUAUACAUGCAUCUAUCAAAAUAUAUAAUGAUGAGACCUUAAGAACCUUAGUACUAGUGACAACAAGCACUUUAGAUGUAGUCUAAAUACUGUAAUUUCUGAGUUACUAACAUAGCAUUUAUCCAAUCCUACUAAGAAACUUAUAAAACAAAACAGUGUUUGUUUCUUAAAUGUUUAUUUUAUAUCGAUGACACGGAUACAUUUAUCAGUGUAUGAUUACACAAAGGAUCUUGCUAGAAACAUGCAUCGGAUCUUGUUAAUACCACCUGUGGGGAAAAACCGUGUGAAUGAUCAAGAAUAAUAUUUGACAUGUUUGUCCAUCUGUCACGUGCAUCAACCACAUUAGUAUAUAUAUUUAUCUUUAUAUCAUAUUGGAAUCAAUCAUCUAACAAACAAACUGCUCGUUUUCGACAUAUACCUCCGUUACAACAAUGGUGAAUUGGAAAAUUGAUAAUGGCAAACUGAAUAUCCAAGGGAUUGAAGAUUUUGAAGAACAAAUUGAGUAUGCUAAAAGCUCCUUGCAGUAUAAGAAGAUCGAGGAUUUCGGAGCGAACGAAAAAGUAAUACGCUUCUGGAAACCGGAAAAGAAAUGGUAUAAUGCAACAGUCUUAGAAAAAACUAAAUCAGGUUACAAAGUCGUAUUUGCAGACGGCAACUUAGUAAGAGCGUUAAGUCUACAGAAUCUACGAAAAAAGACAUCGAGAUGAAUUCAGCUGAAGGUGUUUUGUUGAACAAAAUACUUUCAUAUAUAUAUGAACUUACAAGAAACUCACAAGUCAUCUGAUAAUGUUCUCAAAACGGGAUAUAAUAAACAAUACCAACAACACAAGGAAGCUGUAUUUCCUUGACCUUGAACAAAAUACAUUUCACAUCAGUCAAAUGAUACUAUACAUCUAUACAUGUAUACAAGAAUGAACAAGGUUAUAUAUAUUGUUUAAUUUAUAUUGGGACAUUAUCAUGAUAUCUUAAUGAAAAAAAACAAACAUUCACAGAAUAAGCUUGUUUGGUCUGAAUGUGCUUGUAAUUUAAUAUGACAAACUGUAUGUAGAAUAAGAAGUAAUUAUCACACCAUCAAUGAGACAACAUCAAUGACGAAAAUAAAUAGAUGAAAAAGUAUGCAAAAAUCAUCAACAAUAGAUAGAUGUGCAUAGAAUAAGUUAUAAAUCGCCAAGUGUGUUUAAAUAUUAUGCACAUAAAGCUGUUCAAUAUAGUUGCAAUAUUAAAACAUGUAACAAUGUGUCAUAGAGCACUUUUUAUAGUCAUUAGUAAACACA